UGCUCCGCUGCCUGCCAACCGCAAAGCCGACCGAGCCAGAGUCUCUGUCAUUCCUUUCACCCAGCUCAGCUGAUCCGUUGCCGCCGUCGCCGCCACCGGAUUCCGAAGGCGAAGGACGCGAGGCCGAGAGAUAUGGACGUGCAGAUCGCCCCGCUGCGCGCCUGGGACGACUUCUUCCCGGGCUCUGACCGCUUCGCUCGGCCGGACUUCAGAGACAUCUCCAAAUGGAACAACCGCGUGGUGAGCAACCUGCUCUAUUACCAGACCAACUACCUGGUGGUGGCUGCCAUGAUGAUUUCCGUCGUGGGGUUCUUGAGUCCCUUCAACAUGAUGCUUGGAGGAGUUGUGGUGGUGUUGGUGUUCACGGGGUUUGUGUGGGCAGCCCACAAUAAGGACAUCCUUCGCCGGAUGAAGAAGCAGUACCCCACAGCGUUUGUUAUGGCGGUCCUGCUGGCCAGCUAUUUCCUCAUAUCCAUGUUUGGGGGAGUCAUGGUCUUUGUGUUUGGCAUCACCUUUCCUUUGCUGUUGAUGUUUAUCCAUGCGUCUUUGAGACUUCGGAACUUCAAGAACAAGCUGGAGAAUAAAAUGGAGGAAAUAGGGUUGAAGAAGACACCAAUGGGCAUUGUCCUGGAUGCCCUGGAGCAGCAGGAAGAAAGCUUGAGCAAAUUCACUGACUAUAUCAGUAAAGUGAAGGAGUAAGUUGCUGGCCUGGUGAUAGGGUCACAGCAGAAAUUCAGUUGCAGUUUGCUCUUGUCCAGAUCUACUUUCUGUUUGUGUAUUUGAAACGGGAGGUGCACGUACCAUCCGACUAUCUAUGGCAGCAUGCAUGUAUAGGCCAAGCUAUCGAUCUCUCUGAUGUUACAGAGACAAGGACGCAGAAACAGAAAGAAAACCACCCCGCAAUUUUGUCUGAAGUUUCAGGUGUGUUUAUGAAAACUGACAGGAAAUGGAUCACCCUUAUUUCUUUAAGGAAAUAAGAGAAAAGGAAAGAAUUGUGACUAGUAUAGCAACAAUGCUGUUAUAGGAAAAAAGUAUUUGUCAAGUGCCAGCAAUGUGAGUAAACGAAAGGCUGAUAAAGUAGAUGAUGUUAUGCAUUAGCCUGUUUCUAAUCCCCUCCAGCAUCCCUCUCCCAUAAGGAUUUCCUAGGCUUGUAAUGUGUGGGGUCUAAAUUAGUUUUUAUUGGUAUUCUUUGAAAAUCAAAGGUGAUCUCUGUCACUUUGCCAUCUGUUUGACGUGCAGUGGAAACUGGAUAAACCAAUUUACACUUUGUUUACAAAUAUAAAGAUUGCUGUUUAGUAGAAUAUUUUGUCAAAUUUUUUGUAAAUUUUUGAAAUACUAGUAAUAUGUUUUCACCAGCGGGUAUAUCUGUUGCAGACUUAAUGUCACCUUCUUUAAGGAGGUUACGCUAUGUAACCUAUAUUAUUAAAAAAAAAACCAAUAAAAUAAAAGCUUGAGUUCUGUUGAUAUUAGACAUUUUUGUUGUUAUAAUGGAAAAAAAAGGUGUCUUAGAUAAUGUUUCACUUAUUUGUUUUCAUUGUUUAGAUUUUAACUGGAACAUUUAGAAAAAAGGAAAUAAAUGUGUGUUUGAUUAAUUCCUUGGGGCACAAAGAGGACAAUAAUAGCUGAUCUUUUGAAAUCUGAAAAGCAUGUUUAGAUGACUGAGCAAAAAGACUUUAAAGAAUUAAAAUGGGAAUGAUGACCAGCUUGUGCAGUUCAUAAAAACUUUAGGUAUGAUUGUUAUAAGCGUAUGCUUUUAUAGAUAGACAUUAGAGUCAAGAUAGCGUGGAUUUACACGUUCCAUUACUUUCUUCUCUUUACUUCCCAUGUAUUAGAAAUAGAUCAUAGGAAAUGUUUUGCUUGCCAAUUUAGUGACUUCAUAGAAAAAGUAGAAAACAUUCAGGUUUCCCUAACAUUGAAUUGUGCAGAUAACUGGAGCUGUAUUUACUUAAAAAACUCUCUGUAUGUUCUUAGAAUAAGAAGCAACAGCAUAUGCUGCUCCUAAUUUUUCUUGCAUUUUAAUUUCUCAGCCAACCUGCAACCUUCAUCUCUACCCAUUGAUAUCACCACAACUUCCCUGACAUGGUCUAGAAUCUGUACGCUUACCCAAAUACGAAGAAUAAAAUUUAUCAAAGGUUUUUU